CUUCCGGUUCCGGCGGCGGCGCUGAGGGGGCUCAGGAGGAUGAUCGAGGUUGUUUGUAACGACCGCCUGGGGAAGAAGGUGCGAGUCAAGUGCAACCCCGAGGAUUCCAUCCGGGACCUGAAGAAGCUGAUUGCGGCCCAGACCGGCACCCGCUGGGACAAGAUCGUGCUCAAGAAAUGGUACACCAUCUUCAAGGACCACGUGACCCUCGGGGACUAUGAGAUUCACGACGGGAUGAACCUGGAGCUCUACUACCAAUAGCGGCUCCCAGUGCCUCCCAGUGCCUCCCAGUGCCCCCCAGUCCAUGAUGGGAUGAACCUGGAGCCCUGGCACUUCCCAGUGCCCCCCAGUCCCUCCCAGUCCACAGUGGGAUGAACCUGGAGCUCUGGCACCACCCAGACAUUCCCAGUCCCUCCCAGUCCAUGAUGGGAUGAACCUGGAGCUCCCAGUGCCUCCCAGUUCCCUCCCAGUUCCUUCCCAGUCCCUCCCAGUGCCUCCCAGUUCCCUCCCAGUCCCUCCCAGUGCCCCCCAAUCCUUCCCAGUCCCUCCCAGUCCCUCCCAGUCCCCCGUCCCGUUCCAGCCGCUUGUAACAAUAAAGGUGUUUUUGGGGUC